UCUGUCAAUCAGCCCUGGCCCCAUUCCCAGCGCUGGCGAAGAUGGAGGUGCCCGAGCUGCUCCGGCUCUGGGUGCUGGCAGCCUUGGCCCUGGGGGUGUCCCAGGCCACCCUCCCUGACCACCACGUCCUCCCUGACCACCGCAUCUCCUCCGAGACUGGAACUAUCUUCGUUCAUGAGCUGGAGCGGGAGCUGUUCCAGGAGGCCUUUCCCACCGGGAGUGAGGAUGAUGAUGCAGCCCCCAUCACCUUCCAAGCCCACCUGCGGGACCACCCGGACCUGCCGCGGUGGCUGCGGUUCCUCCAGCGGGACCCCGGCCAGCCCGGCUACCUGUAUGGCUGCCCCACGGCCAGCGAGGUGGGCACCCACACCAUCGAGGUGCUGGCCUACAACCGCCACACCUACGCCACGGUGUCCCAGCGCCUCGUCAUCACCGUCAUCCCCGCCCCAGGUGGGGAGCCCCCGUACCAGGGCGAGUUCCUGGUGGGGAACAGGAAUGUGGAGGAGCUGCUGCCGGAGGCCGCGCGGGAGAUGUUCCUGCAGGGCUCGGCCGGAGUCUGGGAGCGCGGAGACCUCCAGGUCAUCAACGUCACCUCCGCCCUGGACCGGGGCGGCCGCGUCCCACUGCCCAUCGAGGGGCGCAAGGAGGGGGUGUAUGUGAAGGUGGGCUCCCACAGCCCCUUCUCCCCGUGCCUGGAGUCGGCCGUGUCCCCCCAGAGCCGCUUCCGCUGCAGCCUGGGCCAGCAGCCCCUCGCCUCCUGCUACGACACCUUUGCCCCCCACUUCUCCAUCCGCUGGUGCAACCUCACCCUGCUGCGGGUCUGGCCCAGCCCCACGACUCCGGGGCCGGUUUGGGGGUCCGGGGUGCUGGAGGAGGAUGGGGAUUUCCAGCCCCCCACCGAGGUGCCCCCCCAGGACCUGCUGCCGGGGUUCCUGGUGACGCUGCUGGUGCCACUGGCGGUGGCUGCGCUGCUCUGUCUGCUCCUGGGCCACCUCAUGUGCUGCCGCAGGGAGGGAGUGCAAAAACGGGACUUGCAGACGUCUGACAUCCAGCUGGUCCACCACACCACCAUCCACGGGGACACGGAGGAGCUGCGGCACAUGGCCGGGAGCCGGGAUGUGAUCCGGGACGUGCCCCGGCCCCUUUCCACGCUGCCCAUGUUCAACGUCCGCACGGGCCAGCGCAUCAACCCCAUGCCCAGCCCCCGGGAUGGGGCCCGUGUGCCCCUCCUCCCUCAGUGAGGGGCACCCAGGGGCGUGCCAGGGGGAGAGGGACAAUCCCAGGGAUGGGAAAGGGGUGUCCUGAUGUUUGUGGGGGUACAGAAGCCCCCCCAGGCAGCGUUCAGCCAGAUGGGUGGUCGCCCUUCUGACUGAGCUCUGCCUGCUGCCGGGCUGUUGCCUGGAGGAUUUUGGGGUGUUUCCUCUUUGGGGUGUGUUUUGGAGGAUAAAUUGACCAUUGAGUGAUGAAA